CGCCUCACCCACCGCCCCCACUCCGGCGGCGGCGGGGCUCGGGGGCAGGCUCGGGGGCGGUGGGGACGGCUCGGCCCGCCCCGGCCCGCCUCCGCCGCGGGAGCCCCGGCGAAUCAGCGGGGCGCUGUCAGGGCGUCAGCGCCGGCGGCUCCGCGCGGCCGGCCCCGAGUGCGUCCCUUACCGCAGACAGGCACCGGGGGCCGGGGAUCGCAUCUUUAUCAUGGGCACUGUUUGCUUUUCGCGGCGCUGCUGUUUGCUCUUUGCUCUCGCCUGGGCCGGCAGGUUGGCAGGAGGCAGCGGGGGCGCAGAUGUUGACGAGUGCGCAGAAGCUACGGAUGAUUGUCACAUCGAUGCGAUCUGCCAAAACACGCCGAAAUCCUACAAAUGCAUCUGCAAGCCGGGCUAUAAAGGCGAAGGGAAACAAUGUGAAGAUAUUGACGAGUGUGAAAAUGACUUUUACAAUGGGGGUUGUGUCCACGAGUGCAUCAACAUUCCAGGCAACUACAGGUGUACAUGCUAUGAUGGGUUCAUGUUAGCCCAUGAUGGCCACAACUGUCUUGAUGUUGAUGAGUGUCAGGAUAACAAUGGAGGAUGCCAGCAGAUUUGUGUAAAUACUAUGGGCAGCUAUGAAUGUCAGUGCAAAGAGGGCUUUUUUCUGAGUGAUAACCAGCAUACCUGCAUUCAUCGCUCCAUUGAGGGUAUGAACUGUAUGAAUAAAGAUCAUGGGUGUGCACACAUCUGCCGGGAGACACCCAAAGGUGGGGUUGCCUGUGAAUGUAGGCCUGGCUUUGAACUUGCCAAAAACCAGAAGGACUGCAAAUUAACCUGUAACUAUGGGAAUGGAGGCUGCCAACACACCUGUGAUGACACAGAUACUGGUCCUGUGUGUGGUUGUCAUCAGAAGUAUGCCCUACAUUCAGAUGGCCGAACCUGCAUUGAAACAUGUGCUGUCAAUAAUGGAGGCUGUGAUCGGACUUGCAAGGAUACCGCGACAGGGGUACGAUGCAGUUGCCCAGUUGGAUUUACCCUGCAGCCUGAUGGGAAAACGUGCAAAGAUAUUGAUGAGUGCCUGGUAAACAAUGGUGGCUGUGACCAUUUCUGCCGAAACACAGUUGGCAGCUUUGAGUGCAGCUGCCAAAAAGGCUAUAAACUGCUCACAGAUGAACGAACCUGCCAAGAUAUUGACGAGUGUUCCUUUGAAAGGACGUGUGAUCACACCUGCAUCAACUAUCCUGGUAGCUUUGAAUGUCUCUGCUAUAAAGGCUACACCUUGUAUGGACUGACGCACUGCGGAGAUAUUGAUGAGUGCAGCAUCAGCAAUGGUAGCUGUGACUAUGGGUGCCUUAAUACAAUGGGGAGCUAUGAAUGUGUCUGUCCACCUGGAAAGAAACUGCACUGGAAUAAAAAGGACUGCGUUGAGAUGGUGAAAUGUCUCCCGAAUGCCAAACCAGCUCCCAAGGCUCAGCUAGUGUGUAGUAAGACAGGAGGCAUAGAAAGCUGCUUCCUGUCCUGCCCAUCCAAUACUCUUUUUGUUCCAGAUUCGGAGAACAGCUACACGCUGAGCUGUGGCGUUCCUGUCCAGCAAGGCAAAGCUCAGCAGAAACGCAAUGCAACGCUGCCCAGCUGCGCAGAUUCAUUAGCCCCUCCAAUCAAGCAGAAGGCUCGUUUUAAAAUUAAGGAUGCAAAAUGCCAUUUACGACCUCGCAGCAAAGAAAAAACAAAAGAUUCUGGGAAGCAAGCUGGUUUAGGAGGUCAAUUCCCUUGUACAGACAACUGCCAGGUGACCUUUGUGAAUCUCAAGUGUGAUUCCUCUAAGAAAAAACGUCGAGGCCGUAAGUCCCCAUCAAAAGAGGUAUCCCAUAUCACCGCAGAGUUUGAAGUGGAGAUGAAGUCGGAAGAAGUUUCAGACACCUGUAACAUUGACUGUGUUCGGAAAAGGAUGGAGCAGAAGCUGCAAACUGCAAUCAAAACAUUGAGGAAAUCUAUUAAUAAACAGCAAUUUUACAUUCAGUUUUCUGGGACAGAAUAUGAAGUGGCUCAGAAGCCAGCUAAAGCUACUGAAGGGCAUGAAGCUUGCAGUACAGGGCAAGUGCUGCAGGAUGGAAAAUGUGUUACCUGCAGCACGGGCACCUUUUAUAGCGGAGAACAUAAUCAGUGCGUUCCUUGCUCACCAGGAACAUACCAAGACACAGAAGGUCAACUUACCUGUGAGCCCUGCCCAAGUAAUGAUGGACAGGGCGUAGCGGGCGCCCGGAAUGUGUCAGAAUGUGGAGGGCAGUGUUCUCCUGGGCACUAUUCUUCAGAUGGUUUUAAACCUUGUAGAGUCUGUCCUCUUGGUACAUACCAGCCUGAACCAGGAAGGACCCUCUGCUUUCCAUGUGGCGGUGGGCUUGUGACCAAGUAUGAAGGUGCUGUUUCCUUUCAAGACUGUGAAACCAAAGUUCAUUGUUCUCCUGGGCACUACUACAACUCCACAACACACAGAUGUAUCCGAUGCCCUGUGGGAACAUACCAGCCUGAGUUUGGUCAAAACUACUGCAUCACCUGCCCUGGGAACACAAGUACAGAUUUUGAUGGUUCCACUAAUGUUACGCAUUGCAAAAACCAGCACUGUGGAGGAGAACUUGGUGAUUAUACUGGCUACAUUGAAUCGCCCAACUAUCCUGGAGACUACCCAGCUAAUGUUGAAUGCAUUUGGAAUAUAAACCCACCCCCAAAGAGGAGAAUACUCAUCGUAGUACCUGAGAUAUUUCUCCCAAUUGAAGAUGAAUGUGGUGACGUUUUAGUAAUGAGAAAAAGUGCUUCUCCUACUUCAAUCACUACAUAUGAAACGUGUCAGACUUAUGAGAGACCUAUUGCAUUUACCUCAAGAUCAAGGAAACUCUGGAUUCAGUUCAAGUCAAAUGAAGGAAACAGUGGCAAAGGAUUUCAGGUCCCCUACGUGACUUACGAUGAGGAUUACCAACAACUAAUAGAAGACAUUGUUCGAGAUGGACGAUUAUAUGCAUCAGAAAAUCAUCAAGAAAUUCUAAAGGACAAGAAACUGAUUAAAGCUCUCUUUGAUGUACUGGCACACCCACAAAACUAUUUCAAGUACACAGCACAAGAGUCAAAAGAGAUGUUUCCAAGAUCAUUUAUAAAGCUACUGCGAUCAAAAGUUUCCAGAUUUCUACGACCAUACAAGUAGUCCAGUGGUAUUCAAUUGUUGGUUAUUUUGCAUUCCUGUCAAAUAUUGUCUUUUCUCUGUAGUAGAAACAUUUGCUAAUUUGAAGGCUCUUUUUUGCAGUCUUUGUUUUCAGUUGUAUAUUGAAGAAUACCUAUAAUGUAAGCAUUCAAAGCCAAUGUUCUGAAUGGGAUUUUUACUACAAAAGAAAAAAAAUGUGCAUCCUUGAGCACAUCUAGUUGAAAAAUCCAAAUUUCUGUCUGCACUAGUGUAUCUUCACUUCCCAUUUGAAAUUACAUGAGAGAGAAAGUAUUCUUUCCAGCUUUUUCUUUUUCAUCAACAAUAACUUUAAUCAAGCAAAGAAGGAAUUUCUUCAAAUUGGAUUAAACUACCUGCAGAUAAAUUCUGUUGUAGAAAGAAGUAUGUAGUAUAAAAUUCGCAUUUUGAAUUGCACUUGAAGUUUAUAUUUGAAUCUCUAGAAGAAAAAACUAUCUAAAUUUUGCUAUCUGUCUUUUGAGGCUGAGUGGAACCUCUGUCCAGGUAGACAUCAAAAGGGAAAAAAGAAAAAAAAAGAAAAAAAAACCCCACAGAUGUAUAAUUUUUUUUUGUGACUUACAUGAGAUUUGAGUUCCUUGUUCUGGCCUCCUAAUGUUUUUAUCUGUCCUCUUCUAAACUUCUUCAGAGGUUUGCCACUCUCAGUUACUUCACUGAAACAGAUUUAGCUCUGGAUUUCCAUACACCAAUUGGUCCCUUUGAAGGCAUUUACAAUAGGAUAGGUGAGAAAUGAACAACAGCAGUAGUAGUCUUGUUUUUCUUUCUGUUAAUAGAGCAUCUAAUUAAUUACAAUAUAUAAAUAUAUAAAUAUAUACUUCUAUUUGUGGGUACAUUGGCAAUGUUAUCUUUAGUUACUGUAAAUAUUAUUCAUGCUUAAAUCUUAAAUCCCACUCACCCUAUUUACCCAUAUCUAUUUGUAACUUUGCUUAGAUGAUUAAAUGACUUCUCCAAGUACUUGUCACUUCCGUUUACAACAAAGUGAAGCCUUUUGGAGUUUUGUAAUACUGGAUAAUGGUUUAGUCUGGGACAGUCUCUUUUGACAAAUAUUAUUCCAGGAGAAAUAACAUCAGUUAAGAUGCAACUGCUGUCCAGUAAGGGGUCAGCUGUUGUCUCUUCUUUGGGCACCCCUCAUAUGCAGACCAACAGAGUUAACCGUGAGGAUGACAUGCAGAGAGGUGGAACUCCUCACUGAGGAGGAAUUUCUGUAGGACCUGCCACCUCUGAAAUGCUGAGAAUAGACCUGUGUCACAGGCCCAGGCUCUGUGGAGGUGAGGGGUGAACAGGACACAGUUUUGCAGAUGAAAGCAGGCCCUGCAGUCUUCAGAGACCUGCAACUCCCGUUUGUCACAGAAUUGCAACCAUGGGAGCCACAGGGGCUGCAAGAGAGCAUUAGCCUCGUGGUCAGGCCUUCCUUACGGAGUGACAUGUACUGGUGGUUUCAGAGGAUGAUAAAUCCUGUGUUUUCUAGCACAGGAGAUAAUUUCAAUGAGAGAGUAGCCUUUUUUUAAUACUGUUUCAGCCUCUUUACUCUAAAGUCCCUUCCUUUUGUGUAUCACUUUCCCUUUUGAUCCUACAAGUUUAUUACAUGGAGUAAAUAUCACACUAGCAUACUCUCAGAAAGAGACUAGCACACCAUUUUGCUUCACUGUUGGGUUCAGGGUUUUUUCUGCAUAUCUAUCUACCCUUUAGUUUAACAUACGAUUGAAUGCUCUCAAAGACAUACAUUAUGGGUGGUUACGAUUAACUUGUUACACAUUUGUCUUUGAUCAAGUACUGUUUAAAUUUACAAAUCUGGUUUCUGUUGGCUACAAGUGGUUGAAUAUUCCAUUUCUUAAGUAUUCUGUUGAGGUUUCCUACUUAGACAUCUUGUAAUUUUGCUUCCCUUCUUUCCUUUUCUAUUGAAGAGUAUAGUUUUUUUCUUUCUGUGCCUGAACAGGUUCAACUUGGGGUCUGACAACUCAUCUUUUCCACUCAUGGAUCUUAGGUCUUUGACAAAUUUCUCUUUAGUAUAUAUAUAUAUUCAUAUAUUAACACUCAUUUUAAAAUGUAGCAUCUCCACAAAAGUCCUUUGUUAAAGGCUGUUAAACCUAACCUUUUAUGAGGAUGUUGAAACUACUUUUUUAAGUAUUCAUCAUGGGUUACUAUAGGUGGACAUUUGAAGGAGUACAUCUCAGCAGUCCUAGACUCAGUGCAUGUCUGGAAUGAAAAGAAAGUUGUAUGUAUUUUUUAAUUUAACAGGAGUUAUUUGUGGAAAAUAAUUAAAAAGGCAAAAAAUCUUUUUAGGUACUCAAUUAUGUAAAAGUGCAUAGCUAAAAAACUACUUCAGCUGAACAAUAUUCCAAAGUCUGACAGGUAGUUCAGAAUGAUCGGAAUGGGUCAGGAGUGCAGCCACUCUACUGAAACAUAUGAAGGAAAAGAUAGGAAAGAUAUGGAGAAAAAUAACUUACUCAUUUGCUGAAUGGUUUGCAGUGAUCGUUAGUAUUUCAAACUUUAGUGAGUGAACUUUGGAACCUGAUGCUGUGCAGUGAGUUUAGUAAAAUCCUUGUUAAAUUUUUGCUUAACAGCCCACAUAUU